CUGGCCCGGAGCAGCUUCACCUGGACCAGGAUUCACACACACACACCGGGGACAGGACCAGGAGACCGGCACCGGGACCUGCAGGAUCCGUGUUCCGGCUGCGGGCUCCCGUCAUGCUGGGCACGGUGAAGAUGGAAGGGCACGAGGCUCCGGACUGGAGCGGAUACUACAGCGAGGAGGUCUACUCUCCAAUGACAGGCGGUGGGAUGGGUUCUGGUCUUGCGAUGGGCUCCAUGUCUGGCUACAUGUCCAGCAGUGGGACCACAUCGGGUUCCUUCAACAUGUCGUACAGUGGAACCGGUCUGAGUCCCGCACCAGUAGGAGGGAUGGGCGGUUCGGCUCCAGCAGCCAUGUCGGGUCUGGGCGGGGGUGUGGCUUCAAUGGGCGGGGCCCUGAGCCCGUCCAGUAUGAGCUCGGUGUCAGCCCAGCAGGCAUCGAUGGGCCUGAACCCAUAUGGGGGCAUGAGUCCCACCAUGAGCCCAGGCAUGGCGUACAGCGGCGGCGGACUGAACCGAGCCCGCGACAACAAGGCGUUCAGACGGAGUUACCCGCAUGCCAAACCCCCCUACUCCUACAUCUCACUCAUCACCAUGGCAAUCCAGCAGGCGCCCAGUAAGAUGCUGACUCUGAGCGAGAUCUACCAAUGGAUCAUGGACCUGUUCCCGUACUACCGGCAGAACCAGCAGCGCUGGCAGAACUCCAUCCGGCACUCGCUGUCCUUCAACGACUGCUUCGUCAAGGUGUCGCGCUCACCAGACAAACCGGGGAAGGGCUCCUACUGGACCCUGCACCCGGAUUCUGGGAACAUGUUUGAGAACGGCUGCUACCUGCGCCGCCAGAAGAGGUUCAAGUGCGAGAAGAAGAUGUCGUCGAAAUCAGACGGGAGGAAGGAGCAAGGGGGUGCAGGGGGAGGUGGUGGGGGAGGAGGAGUGUCUCCUACAGGGGAGUCCAUCAAACCUCCAGGACUCCUGGACUCUUCAAUGCCCUCCUCCAGCCAGGCAGCCUCGCCUCCUGGACUGGACCUGCGGGGCAGCGUCGUCGGGGCAUCAGACCUGAAGGUGUCUGGCUCCCAGCUCCUGUCCUCCCUGUCAUUGCCCCCCCACUCCAUGGCGCAUGAAUCCCAGCUGCACAUCAAAGGAGACCCCCACUACUCUUUCGACCAUCCGUUCUCCAUCAACAACUUAAUGUCGUCCUCAGAGCAGCAGCACAAACUGGACCUGAAGGCCUACGAGGCACUGCAGUACUCCUCCUACAGCACCGGGGGAGCUUCCAGCCUUGGAGGGAGGACCAUGGAGCCUCUGGAGGCCUCCUACUACCAGGGGGUCUAUCCCAGACCGCUCCUCAACACUUCGUAGUACCCGCUGCACCUCAUGUUUGGGACUCUCUGCAUGCAGCCAUUCUGGACUUCCUGUCUGACUGUGACGAUGCUGAACCGGAUCGACUCUGCUGCUGCUGGUCUGCUGGUUUCUGAACUCCUGCACUGUGGCAGCACAAAAAGACAGGUUCCUUCUCAGCUGUUUUCUCCUUUUACACACCGAGUCACAACCAGAUCAAGGUCAUGUUUUCAAGGUUCAGGAUCCUGAACCACUUGUCUUCAGUCAGUCCGGGAUCCUGUGAUAAGACCGGGUUCCUCAGUCAGUCCAGGAUCCUCAGUCAGACCAGGAUCCUCAGACAGACCAGGAUACUCAGUCAGUCCAGGAUCCUCAGUCAGACCAAGAUCCUCAGAUCAGACCAGGAUACUCAGUCAGUCCAGGAUCCUCAGUCAGUCCAGGAUCCUCAGUCAGACCAGGAUCCUCAGAUCAGACCAGGAUCCUCAGACAGACCAGGAUACUCAGUCAGUCCAGGAUACUGUGUCAGUCCAGGAUCCUCAGUCAGUCCAGGAUCCAGGAGCUUUGUUCAUGUUCAUAAUUUAGUGUUUCCUUUAUAUCAGUGGUGCCCGACCUGGAGCUCCAGACCCCAGGACAGUUUCUCUGAAUGUUGACACUGUGAUGUCACAGGUGAGACAGUGGGCGGGACAUUCAGAUGAGACAGGACUACAUGGUGUGAGUGUUGAUGUGAGGUAGGGAGGGAGGUACAGCAGCUGGUCUUAGAUCGAGGACAUCCUGUUUGAGCACUCACUGAUCACUCAGUCCAGAGUCAGUCCAGGUUCAUUUUAGACUCAGUCCAGACUCAGUCCAGGUUCAUUCUAGAUCCAGUCUAGACUCAGUCCAGAUCCAGUCCAGAGUCACUCACCUGUCGCCUUAAAGACCAAAUUUAGGGAUCAAGUCUCCCAUAUUUAGUGAGAACUGUAACCUGAUUGGCUGUGGCCCAGAGCUUCGGGUGAGACAGGUGUAGAUGAUCAGACUGGUCUCAAUGAAUCCACUAGUCCCUGGUCUGUUUGGUCCAGGAUCCUGUAGACCUGGUUCUGCUCUCCGGUCUCUGGCCCGGUCCGAUUUUCGCCUCGGACCCCUCAGAGGGGCCCAGGCCCCAUUUUGGGAACCACAGUCCUGCCUGGUGUUGGAUUCAUCAGGUGCAGGUGUUCUUUCCUGAUGAGCUAAAGGUCAAAGGUCACCUGAUGAUCAUGAUAACAUGGUUGCCAUUGGGAAGCUGAGGAAGCUGCAGGUGUUUACAGAAACAUAUUAAAGAUUAUAACUCAUGAGGACGUGUUUCUCCCACGACCUCAUCUGCCGCUGACCUCCUGAGGGGUCGCGACCCUCAGAGUGAGAACCCCCACCCAGAUAAAAUGGCUUUGAUUUAAAAGGUCAGUUCACACAAAUGACUCAAACACAGAUUUUCCCGCCUGUGUGUAUGUUGCCGUGUAUAUCCGGGCAGAUUUCUGAUCAAGUCACUUCACUCUUUUAUUCAGAUCAGGUAGUUUGAUUAUUGAUUAAAUCAUAACGUGAACUUUUAUCACAUUUUUAUGAAUUUUUGAAUAUUUUUGUGACUGAAGAAAAACAAGUGAAGAUAUUAAUGAUCAAUGACUGAUGAUCAGUUUUGAAUUGGAGGCUGUAACAGAUCCACCAACAUAUUUAUCUGUAUGUUUGAAAUCAGCUUAUCAAUAACAAAUCAUUUAUUAAUACAAAAUAUGAUCAGCUGAUAAAGUUAAAUGAUGAUAUUAAAGACAUGAAGUUACUGAUCAGUUUUAGCUUAUUGAUGAGAAAAAAAGGAGAAGAAGAAAAAGUGUUUCAGCUGCACAAAAUUCAUUUUUUCUGAUUUUAAAAAAACAGUUCCCAUAUUCAUGUGGCGGCAGGAAGCUUCAGGUUUCAUGUAAAGCUGUAGAGUUUCCCUCCGUCUGAACUGAUGUUCAUCAAGUUGAGAUUGUGGACGUGUUAAAACACACACACAUACACACGUGUGUGUGUAUAUAUAUACAUAUAUAUGUGUGUGCGUGUGUGUGUACAUACACAUCUAUACAUGUAUAUUUAUACAUACAUGUAUGUAUGUGUAUAUUCAUAUAUAGUCUUUUUUUUCCAGAUUAUAAUUCUCAUUAUUUAAAAACGACCUGAUCUCCAUGUUCUCUCUGAAGUCAAUUUCUCCUGCUGGAGAGUCCAGCUGAUGUUUGGGAUCUAAAGCUGUGAAUAUUGAUUGUUAUUAAUAACAGACUGAUCAUUUAUUUUGUAAAAUGUAAUAAAAUAGUAAAAAUACCUGAUUACCUGCAGACACUACUCAGGCUCUGUCAAAGACCCAACAGUAAACAACAUACAGAGUGGCUCAUAGCAACAUUAUUGAUUAUUGAAUAUUGAAUAUAGAUCAUUGUUGAUCAGAGAAUAUUGAAUAUAGAUCAAUAUUGAUUGAUUAAUAUGAAGUGUGUGUUACCAUCACAGUAUUUCUCAUGGUUUUCUGACUUUGAUGAAUCGACUAAUCGAUUUCUCCAUUGAUCCUGGGUCUAGGAUCUGGUUUUAAAAGGAUCUUUGUUUGGUGACUCUCACUCUGUGUGUAAAAGGAGAAACCACUUCCUGCCUGUUUUCUGACUGUUGAUGCGUCUGUGUAUUUAAACUUUUCUGUCCAUUGCUGAUUAUUGAUUAUUGAUUAUUAUUACCAUGUGCAUGAAUGAAGUGGGAGGUCUUCUUCUUCUUCUUCUCUUUUGUGGAGAAAAAACGAACACUGACACGAACAUGACUCCUCCUGAAAGAAAGAAAGAAAGAGAGAAGGAAAGAAGGACGGAGGAGGAUUAAUGCGCAAAAAGACCCCCACCCACCCCCCUCCCGCUUGUCCUCGUUGUGUUUCUUCCUCGUUGCUUUUUGACUCUGAUGCAUGUUCUUAACUUAUUCUGUCAUUUUCAAAUAAAACAAGGAAACACUGGACAUUUACUGAUUUAUUGCUAAUUUCUGAUCAGUGUCGCUGUUGUUUUUUUAAAAAUAUGAUAUUUAAUCAUAUUUCAUAAUUUAAUGGAUUUCGGAAACACUUUCAAAAGAUUCACCUUUUAAAAAGUUGCUGUAAUUAAUGUGAUUAUUGGUAAUUAAAGAGUAAUUUAUUUUUAGAUCAUCUAUAGAUAUAAAUGAGGAAUCCAUUUAAAUGUUUUAAUUGCAUUGAUUAAUUUGCUACUUUAACUUUCUGUGAAUAUAAUAUUUUCAGUCCCUGGCAGGUUCAUUAAUGAGCCAAUAACAGUUAAUAUUGAUCAGUGAGUUAUAAAAAAAUUGUCAUUAAAUAUUUCUUAAAAUAUGUUAUUUUAAUAAUAUUAAGAAACUGUUUUCUUCCAGAUGAACUGAAGAGAUUAAAUUAAAUUAAACUCAUCUAUUAACUGUUUAUUAAGCAUCAAUAAACCAGGUACUGAAUAUGAGGUCUGCUUCUUCAACAUGUAGAAACUGGUUUUAAAUUAACAGCAGAUCUUCAGGAGUUCCAGGGCCAGGUCUUCGGGAAAUCCCGUUUGAGUCCUGAGACAAGAAUCUAACGUUAAAACUCAUUCUUCUUGUGUCAGCUUUAAGUUACUCUAAUAAUAAUAAUAAUAAUAAUAAUAAUAAUUAUUAUUAUUAUUAUGUAAUCUGAUUAUUUGGCCUAUGAUUAUUAUCAGACUUUAAUUGAUAAUUAUUGAAUCAAAGACAAAAAUUAUGUUAUUUAACUUUAUUUUCUCUGAUUUCUUUCUAAUGUAAAACCUUGUAUCUCCAGUUUUGGGGAUCGUUGAUCAUUUCAAUAUUAUUUUAUUAUUAUUUUUUUAUUUUAGUAUUUUCAGAUGUUUCAUAAAAAAUGUUGAAUCAUUUGUAAAAAUUCUGCUCGUUAAGUCAGAAACUAACUUCACAUCUAAGGGUGGAGAUAAAGGGUUUCCAUAAAGACGUUAACAGAUGCGUUUUUAUUUCUCGUCAAAACCUUUUAUUUUGAAAGAAACAUAAAAACAAAAUGUGAGUCUUCUUUGUGGUUAAACUAUAUUAUAUAACCAUGUUGUAUUAUAUUAUAUAAUGUUUUAUUGAAUUUUGUAUGGUUAGAGAUAAAAGGUAUCAUCUGCUGA